CGGCCUUAGCGGCGUUUGCCGCUCUUGUGCGGACACCAGUGCACGCCUUAGUGGUGACUACCGGGACGCUUCGCGCUCCAGGAAGGAGGCGGGCACCGCCCGCUCUACCACAGUCUGGGAGCUGGACCUCGGGGCUCGCCGCUCUGCCUGCCCACUAAAAGCCCAUUCGGGGGAAGUCCAGUGUUGCGUGGUUACAGUACUGAGCCCCAGACAUCGUUGCCAAGUGUAACGCAGGCUCUGUUUUAUCCUGGGGCACUUGUAGUCAGGGUUCGUGGGCCCGCACUUCAUAAUGGAGGGCUGUGGGCCUCGUCUGAACCGUCCAGCCAGUGUGUCCUCAGUCGUCUUGGUUGGGUUUUUGAAGGACCAACCCGAGAUUCUGGGGCACAGGGAGUUACAAGACUUGGGGCCCUGAUGUAAGCCCCAAAUAAAAUGAUUUUGGCCUCUAGGGCCAGAUCCUAGUUUCUAAAAACAGAGCAGCACUUGUAAGGUAGAGGAAGCAUGGCCCACCUGAAUGGGGACCUCUCACCAGAGUUUCACAGCAGCGGAGGACGAGGCUGAGAAAGAGCACGGCCCAGAUUUGCACGGAGAGGCAAUAUGUAAUGCCUGUGCUCCACAAGCCACCCCAGCUGACUCAACGGGAGUUUUGCUCUAGCUGUCAGAGAGAAUGAAAACAAAUGUACUGUUCUAGGGAUCAGUGUCCUUCAGUGAUGUGGCUGUGGGCUUCACCCAGGAGGAGUGGCAGCAUCUGGACCCUGCUCAGAGGACCCUGUACAGAGAUGUGAUGCUGGAGAACUACAGCCUCCUCCUCUCAGUGGGAUAUUGCAUUACCAAACCAGAGGUGGUUUGCAAGUUGGAGCGUGGAGAGGUGCUGUGGAUAUUAGAGGAAGAGUCCCCAAGUCAGAGCCACCUAGACUGCUGCAUAGAUGAUGACCUGAUGGAGAAGAGACAGGAAAAUCAAGACCAGCAUUUGCAGAAAGUUGAUUUUGUCAACAACAAAACACUGACUAUGGACAGAAAUGGUGUAUUAGGAAAAACAUUUUCUCUUGACACAAACCCCAUUCUAUCAAGAAAAAUACGUGGCAACUGUGACUCAUCUGGAGUGAAUUUGAAUAAUAUUUUGGAAUUAAUUAUUAGUAAUAGAAGCUCCUUUGUAAGGAACCCUGCUGAGUGUAAUGUACAUGGGAAAUUUCUCCUCUGUAUGAAACGUGAGAAUCCUUAUGCCAGAGGGAAACCUUUGGAAUAUGAUGGAAAUGGGAAAGCCAUCUCUCAGAAUGAGGACUUAUUUAGGCAUCAGUAUAUUCACACUCUUAAGCAGUGUUUUGAAUACAAUCAGUGUGGGAAGGCUUUUCAUGAAGAGGCAGCCUCAGUACCCGUAAGAGUGUGCUCAUGGGAGACCCUGUGAAUAUAAUGAACAUGUGAGAGCCUUUUCCGAUAGACCAAUAUUCAUUGUUCAUCAGAGAACUCACAUAAGGAAGAGUCACUAUGAAUUCAAUGAAUGUGAGAGGAGGUCCGGUGAGAGGCCACCUGUAAAUAAACACCACAGGGUUAUGGAGAUGGAACACUAUGAGUGUAAUGCGAGUGAGAAUAGUUUUGGCAAGAAAUCACUCCUCAUUCUAUGAAGUUACAGAGGAGAGAAAACUUUUGACUGUAAUAGAGAUUUGGAAGUAUUCUGCAAGAAGCCAAAUUUCACUCAACAUCAAGAAACACAUAUAGGAAAGAAUGCCUAUAAAAUUAAUCAGUAUGCUAGUACAUUUUGCCGUAAGCCAAAGCAUUCUGUAUAUCAGAAAACAGAUACACAAGAAAAACUCUAUGAAUGUAGUGAAUGUGGGAAAACCUUCAGCCAUAAAUCCUCUUUUAUCCUACAUCAGAGGAUACACAGAGGAGAGAAACCCUAUGAAUGCACUGAAUGUGGGAAAACUUUUGGAUAUAGGUCAUGCCUUGCAGUACAUCAAAGAACACACACGGGACAAAACCUAUGAAUGUAAUGAAUGUGGAAAAAACUUCUGUGAGAAGUCAAAUCUUCAUGUACAUCAGAGAACACACACAGGAGAGAAACCCUAUGGAUGUAACGAAUGUCAGAAAGCCUUUGGUGAUAGGUCAGCUCUAAAAGUACAUCAGAGAAUACAUACUGGCGAGAAACCCUAUGAGUGUAAGGAAUGUGGGAAAACUUUCUCCCAGAAGCCAAACUUCAUUAAUCAUCAGUGAACUCACACAGGAGAGAGACCCUUUGAAUGCAAUGAAUGUCAAAAAUCCUUCUCUGUGAAGUCAAAACUUAGAGAACAUCAGAGAAUUCACACAGGGGAGAAAUCCUAUGAAUGUAAUGAAUGUGAGAAUAUGUUCUACCACAAGUCAUCCCUCACAGUACAUCAGAGAACCCACACAGGAGAGAAACCCUAUGCAUGUAGUGAAUGUGGGAAAACCUUCUACCAGAAGUCAUCCCUCACAACACAUCAGAGAACACACACAGGGGAGCAACCCUAUGAAUAUAAUGAAACCUUUUACCAGAAUCCCAACUUCACUAAACAUCAGAGAGACGACAUAGAGGAAACCCUUGUCAACAUCCUGAAGGCUCAGAAACCUUCACCUUCUUGGACUCAUUCCAUAGCAGAAACAACCCAGGUUGGGGUGAGAACACCCAAUAAAGAUGAGAAAUCUUUUGCCUAGAA